AUGAACAACCGCCCAAAACGUGCUUGUGCUGUAUCCAACACCAACGGAAAACCGCCGGAAAAUGCGACUGGAGCAAACACUGCAGGUCGCCGGCAAGGAUCGACCAAAGAAGCAAUUGAUGCUGGAGCCUCUAGGAGCAACGUCGAGGCUGCUCUUCUUGCAAACAAAAACACCGUGGUAGCUGCUACAGCGAAGAAUGUUGCUCCCAAUUUGUCCAAAACGGAGACAGACCAUGAGGCCACAUCUUCGAAAGAUGCUUCGGAGCAUAAAGUCACCAAGACUCCUUCCCGAACAAUGCCAGCAAGGCUUUGCAAAAGCACAUUCGCCGAAAAGAUGUCUGGUGCCCGUGACGAAUGUGCUUCAAAUACCAAGGAUUCGUCUUCUUCUUCAAAAAAUACGGAUUCUUUUGGACCAAAAAAUGCCGCACUGCCGGCCGAUGGUGGUACUACAUCAGGAGAUCCUCUACCAAAAAUGUCGGUUCUUCAGCCAAAAAUCCCCAAAAUUGAGAAAUCGAAAGAGGCUGCAAAGAAGGAUUCUUCGAAGAAAAAAACUCCAUGGAAGCUUCUUAUCAAUUGGCAUAAUGUUUUCCCAGAUCUUGAUGCGGAGGAUUUUCUUCCUCGAUCAUCGACAAAGCCAACCGGACCCACGAGCAGCUCUGUCAAGGCUGCUGUUGAAAAUGAUAAGAAGAGGGCAACAUCAUCAGCUGCUCUCCCUUCUACCAGUCAGAAAGCUGCUUCUGAAGGAGAUGGCAUUCUGUCUCGUCAGUCAACACUGGAUGCUACAAAAGCAUCGACCGAAGCUCCUCAGCUUGUGCAAGAAGAAUCGUCGUUAAACGGAAAAAAUGAGCAGAUGGACAGUACAUCAACUUGUGGAACUUCUGAAAAUCAAGGAAACGUAUAUACCGAAGAAUGGAGAAAAUUGUUUCCAAUCCUUACGUCACAAACACCACAAAGGAAACAUUUCUCAAUCGGGAUAGGAUCAGCAUCGAGUUCAGUUUCAUUGAAGCCCAAAAUUCCCACCAAAUUGCCAAACUUCUUGAUUGCUACUCCAGACUUUGCUGGACCAUCUUCGUCUUCAUUGCCUGCUUUGGCUACUCCAGCACAAUAUACUCCGAAGCUGCUCUCAACAUCAAACAGUGUGAAACAGAGGAAGCAAAGAACUCCGAGGAACAUUUUUACCCUUCCCAUUUUUGACGAGGAUCGUGAAGAUGAGCUUCUGAUCGCUCGCUCAUCGACCAGGCCAACACGCUACACGGGCAACUUUGUCAACACUGCGGCUGUAGAAAAUGACGAGAAAGAUGAGAAGAUGGACGAAGAUGACGCUGCGUCUGAAAACGAAGAUGAUUCUGAGUCAGAGGAGACUUACAAGAAACCGUCGAUCUCGGAGCAGCGGGAAGCAAUAAUUGAAAAAUUUCGAAGAAGUGAAAAAAGGAAAUCGAUUGUUCAGAUGAAAAAAGAAAUGAAGUAUGCCGACAAGAUUUCUAGAGAAUUCGAACGAUCGGAAAAGAGAAGAAAAACGGAGCAGAAGAAACGUGAAGACAAGAAAUGGAGAGAGCAACAGAAGGAAUUGAAGGAACAGGAGCGGAGUGACAAUGCAUUAGCCAAUCUGGAGAUUCGAAAAAUUGCUCAUCGAAAGGCCCAGGACAAGAAGUUCAUUAUCGGGAGACAGAAAUCAAUGAAGGAAGUCAUCAAAAUGUUGAAGGAGAGAACAAUUGCAACAGAUGUUCAAGUUCGUGUUCCCUCCAAGAAGUUCGAGGAACCAAACAACUUCUCAAUCUCUCAUCUGGUGCCGAUUCAAAGAUUCUCCAGAUCAGGAACGAAGUCGGAGUAUUUCAAGCAGCUGGAGAAUCACUACCGCACUUCGCCAAAUUUCAAAGCUAUCCAUGCGUUUGCUACAGAAGCUACGAAGCUUUCGGAGAAGCAUUACUUUGGCUCCAUCUCGGACCCAUUUUUCAAAGCUCGAGAAUUUCGCUGUAAAUGGGUCGACGCAAGAUAUAUUGGCGUCGGAAAACAACCAGAUUUCGGUCUGGACAUUUCUUAUGCCGACAAAAUGCCAAGUGAUUGGAAGCAGGAAAUCCAAAAAAAGCUUCCACAACGAUUCUACGAACUCGGAGCAAAGGAGAACAUUCCGAAGCUUGUCGAGGCUAUCGGAAGCAAACAAUACAAACUUCUGGAUCUCACGCCAGAAUUCAGCCGCUUGGAUUCAGCAAAGAAGAUGGCCAAAGUUGAAUAUAUUGUGGACAAGUUUCUUCUCCUUUUGAAGAUUUGGAAAAUUAAACACACGGAUACGCAAUAUCCUCGUGUUGUUUUAUAUUUCUUCUUCGUGAUGGAAUCAGUAAUGAAGACGGUGCCUCUUCAAUCGAGGGAAGCGGUAAUUUUUGAUUUUGUUGGCGGAUCGAACGAUGCGAAAUACGAGCUGGUGAAGAACAUGAUUUUUUGGCUGCCAGUGCAUCUUGGAGACUUGGCUGGAACCUGCCACGUCCCGCAGCCGGAGAUGAUAGAUCUUUCUCGGCAGAUGCUUGCAGUUCUUCUUAAUGAGUGGCCGGUUGCAAUGGGAAUGAGGUUAGAAGAUCAAGAUCUUCUCGAGAGAAUUCAGCUCGCUGCGCUCCGCCUUGAAUGCCACAACUCGAUGGAGAAGGACGAGAUCCGAGAGUGGCUCCCAUUCUUCAAACCAAAAAAUCGAGAAGGAGCCGAAGGCGUCUAUUCUGAUGUCAAGGAGAAACGCCAGAACUCCUUGCGACGCGUCUGGGCCAGUAGGAAGACCACCGUCGAGUUUGGACGUCUCGAAACCAGCCACCCAGUGAGACCAACACGCCGCCGCUGCCACUCCUUCAGCGAGUUCAAGGAUUCAGAGAAGUUUCCGAAGAAGACUGAACGGAUCAACCUGGAUCCAAUUGAGCACUGGAAUAUGCUCUGGUCUUCUCAAUUCGAAGGACUCAGAAGAAUCAAGUACUCCGUCGAAGGCUCAGAUGUGCCGGAGUAA